AUGGACAGCUCUCAGAGGGCAUUACUCUGGAUCAGUCAGGGGAGGUAUGGAAAUUAUGGAAGUGGGCAGCAACAGACCCUCAAGGCCUUUCUCAGCGGUAAUCUCUCUGGGGUUAACAUCAAGAUCGAAAUGAACAAAAGGAGAAACUUCAAGUACAGCAUGUUUCCUUUGUGUCUCUGCAGGAAGGUGAGAAUCAGUCAUUUUGACACUUCUCCUGGAAGGAGCAGCCAGCAGGAGCCUUAGCUUAGAUGGAAGCUGAUUUCCUUUGGUCUCUUGCUGCAAAGAGAGAAAGCGCUCAGACAGCUCCCGAACAGUAUGGAAGACCGUCCCUCCGCCCUUAGCUCAAUGCAGAAUGUUAAAAUCCCUUUUAAAGUGUCGCUUCCCCGGGCCAAAAGGGUUUUAGAUUUGCCAGAGAGAGAGCAUCCCCAGCAAGCGGCUCCCAAAAAGCCAUGUCCGAAUCGGUUGAAUAGUGUCCCCCGUCCAGCUGAGAAACUGCCACCGGUUCCCCUAGGAUUGUUCCUCUCUGGAGACUCCUCUGAUUGUUCACAUGACCUGGGGCCUAAGGAGGCCAUCACCCCCUCUCUACUGCCCAAAGACCCUGCCUCAGUCCCUUCUCGGGGUACAUUUGGACAGGAUGAAGAUGGGCUAGACGACACCCUCUUGGAUCUCCCCGACGGCGAAGAGGAUGACAGCCCCUUCAGUUACACCGAGGAAGAGAUCCAGGAACUCCUGAAGGACGACGACUCCCAAGACAAGCAGUCCUCCCCGGGAGAAGGAUUGGGAAAAGAUGCCGAUGGCCUGGUUGCAGGGGUAGAGAGGAAUAGUUGCUCUGGGCCACCUCAUCACCUUCCAGGCCCAAAUUGGAACUCGGCAGCCCAGCAGGCCAGCACUUUCAGGCUACCUCUGACAACUACCCCAGAUGGUCCAAAGCUGAUUCCCGUCAAACCACUGAACCGACCCUUGAGAUCAGAAAGGGCUCUUUGGAAAAGGACCGUAGUCCCAGCCCUGAAUCCAGCAGUUUAUGAGGGUUGUCUUGACGGAAGUGGGCCCAGGGAUCCCUGCAGUAGCUUAAAAUGCUUGGGACUGGCCAGUCCAGAAGAGGAAGAGGACAAAGAGAUUUUUCCAGGGAGAAAAGCAGAUCAGGACCUGAGUAAUAUUCCACUCAGCCUUCAAAAGAACGGCUUGGACGCAGUUAUUCUGAAUGUCAAGGAAACGGCUCCCUCAUGCCCUCAGAUCUCGGAGCGGGUGGGGAGCGCGCUGAAAUCCAAACGCCCCAGUCCAGCCGAGGUGAGGCCAUCUUUAAGCAUCGGCGUCAGCCAGCAGGCCGAGGGGGCAACGAGGUGCCCGGUGGGCUUGGCUUCAUCGUUCAAAUUGGUUGACCUACACAGGAAUUCUGGGGAGCAGAUGAUCUGUGAAAGAAGACUGGGCAGAAUCGUUCCAGUUUCUCAACGCAAAGCAAGGAGUAAGAGUCAAACAGGUACAUUAGAUGAUGGGGAACCCAAGAAGAGGAUACAUCUUCAGGGUGUCUCGACUCACGUGCCCAACUCGGAGGCUCCUAGCCAAGCUUCCUUAAGUGACCAGGAGACUCAAUAGACAAAGUGACCUCUGCUGAGUUCGGGGCCCAGGACUGCAGAGGACAGCAACUAUUGGGCGUCCCCAUCAGGUUAAAAGUUUCGGCGACGAAAACGGCGGCGAUGUACCAGGAUUCAGAAGCCCCCGGAAAAAGCCAAGCAAAACCGGCAAACGAACAAGGCCCCGCCAGAAGAGGUUGUAAGUGGUUGGAGAUGGCGUGCCUUGGAAAUCCCAAUGGGACUAGUGCCUAACCAGGACGUGCAACAACAAAAAACUAUCCUGAAUAAAAGAUUUCCUUCCAUGGG